AUGUCUCUGCUCGACGUGAUAAACCUUGCAUGUCAUCAGGUAGAGAGGACGCGGUGUCCCCCUAUCCUCAUCCCACCCUUGCUGCCUUCCCGACUGCCGCUGCAGCAUUUAUCACGCUGCGAUGUGGAAUUACGGGCCGCUUCAUUUAGUAGUGACCUCACCGAGGAGUUAGAGAGCGCAGGUGAAAAUGUCUGUGAGGGAGUAAGUCAAAGUUAA